GAGGAAGGGAAGAGGCGGUCUGCUGCAAGGAAGAGGAAAUGGUGACGACCUGGUGCCGGCUGGAGCGCUGAGGCGCGGCGUUGAAGACGGACAAGGGAAAGCUGGGGGAUGAGCCCGGGCAGAUGGAGGCCGGCGGAGGGGGAGGCAGCGAGCCGCCGGCUGGUGAAGGCGGGGCCCCAGUGGACUGUAGUGUGGAAGCCUUGCAGCUCCAACUGUCUGAGGCGCUGGCUGAAAUCGAGAACAUCAAGGCCAUAGCCACAGUGUCAGAGAGCACCAAGCAGGAGGCCAUCGACCAGGUGAAGCAGCACUGCCAGGAGGAGGUGGCGUCGCUACAGACCAUCAUGAAGGAGUCGAUCAGUAACUAUGAGGCGCAGCUGAGAAAUGUCGAGAAGGAGCGUUCACAGUGGAGGCAGUUUCAGGAUGCCAAGGAGAGAGAAAUCGCCAAACUCCGGAGGCACCUUUCUGGAAGUCUCCCUCAAGACAACCUGGAGAAUGAGAUGAGGAAGGCACAGGAAGAUGCCGAGAAGCUGCGAUCGAUUGUGAUGCCCAUGGAACAGGAGAUCGCCUCGCUGAAGCAGAAGCUGGCAAAGGCUCAGGAUCAGCUCUCCGCUGAUUCUCCGCAAGCUCCCCUCACACAUCGGUGCGAGACAGAAACCCCGUGGAGGGAAGAGCCCUUGGUCCCUCGCAGGGGAUCCCCCAGGGAGUGGGGCUCCGAGGAGAGCGACAGCGCUUCCGAGACCCCAGCCGGAGCGGACACCUUCGCCGCCAACUGCGCCGGCUGGACCACAGCGUCGGGGCCUGCCCCCUCCCCCUUGGCUCGGCCACUCCCCCCCGGCAAGGAAGACACGGCCUCACUGCUCUCCACUGGCACCCUGGUGCCCGAGUCCAUCUACCUACCCCCGCCCGGGUGUCACCUACUCCACGAUGAGGAAUGGAACGAGCUGCAUCAGGAGGUCAAACAGCACCAGGUGUCCCUGCACCAGACGCGGGGAGCAGCUGGAGAGAGAGACUGCAGUUCGCAAAAACCUGGAGGAAGCACUAGACAGAGCAGCGUGGAGUGUGGCCAAGAGGUAGCACUUCUGAAAGAUAAAGUGGACUCUUCCAUGUUGGAGAUUCAGAGGCUUAAAGAGAUGUUUACACUGGUUCAGGACCGAACACAGAAACAGAUGGCGCAGCUGAUGGGAACGCACAAGGUGCUGUGCGGUCGAAUGCAGCAUCUGCUGAUGGAGAACCAGAAGCUGAAGACCCUUCACGGCCCCCCGACUCCGGUUGAGGUCCCCCAGACGUCUGUCUCCGGCCAGGUUACCCAAGACUCACCCUCGCAGAGUGGGCGUCCAGAAGAGAAUGUCCACAUCGCUGGCGAACUCACACUGGCACCAGCGGCCGAAUCCUCUCAUGUGAGGAACAGCGAGCUCCUAACCGGUCUGCAGGAGAAAACGGCAAAGGUGGCGACACUACACACCCUGUGUAACCAGCAACGACUGGAGCUGCAGGCUCGGAUGGAGGAGAGGGCAGACUUGAUGGUGAAGUUACAGGAAGAAAAGGCAAAAGGUCAGAGGUUGCAGAUCGAGUUGGACACCAGUGAACAAGUGCAGAAAGAUUUCGUGAAACUCUCCCAGGCACUGCAGGUCAGACUCGAGCAGAUCAGACAGGCCGACUCCAUCGAGGCAAUUCGGCUCAUCCUGGACUCUGUCACCAACCUCAAGGACGCCAGCCAACUGCGUGGACCCUGGGACCAAGGCUCCUGACCCCCUCACUCCAGAGGAACCCCCCCAACCCGACCCCUUAACCCCGUA